UCGGUCAUCACGGCAACGGUGAGGGAGGGGGCGCUCGAGCCACGUCGUUGAAUCAAAUAAACGCUUCAAGCGCAGCUCCACUGUUUACAAAAGAGCAACGUGGUCCUUACUAUCAUUCAAUAGCAGGAGGGUCUUCCCCCUCCAACCAACCCAUCCAUCCAGGAUGUCCACUCCAGACCCUCCCAUGGGAGGUACCCCUCGACCGGGUCCUUCCCCAGGCCCGGGGCCCUCUCCUGGGGCGAUGCUUGGCCCCAGCCCUGGUCCUUCUCCAGGGGGGUCCUCUCACAGCAUGAUGGGGCCCAGCUCAGGGCCUCCAUCCUCAGGUCAGCCCCUGCCUCAGCCUGGGCCCUCUGGAUACUCCCAGGAGAACAUGCACCCUCUGCACAAACCACUGGAAGGUAUGGAGAGAACUGCCAUGGAGAGAACUGGUAUAGAGAGGACUGGUAUGGAAAGGUCUGCCAUGGAGAGAACUGGUAUGGAGAGAACUGGUAUGGAAAGGACUGGUAUGGAACGGACUGGUAUGCAUGAGAAAGGCAUGAGUGAGGAGUCCCGCUUUGCCCAGAUGAAGGGCAUGCCCAUGAGACAGGGAGGGCACAGUGGCAUGGGCCCUCCUCCCAGCCCCAUGGACCAACACUCUCAAGGCUACCACUCCCCACUCGGCGGCUCUGACCACUCCAGCCCCGUCCCUUCCAACGGGCCCCCCUCUGUCCCUCUACAACCCUCUAGCGCUGUCCCCGGGUCUGGCCUAAACCCCUCAGACACCUCCUCCAACCCGGACUCCCAAACCCUGGGGGCCCAGAACCAGCAGCAGAACCGGCCCGGUGGGCCCCAGCAAAGUGGCUCCGGACCUGGCCCUCAUGGUCCCAGCCCUGGUCCCACCACCCCUGGUGGCCCCGGAGGAGGCCCUACUCCUUUCAACCAGAACCAGCUUCACCAGCUGCGGGCCCAGAUCAUGGCCUAUAAGAUGCUGGCCAGGGGGCAACCACUACCAGACCACCUCCAGAUGGCUGUCCAGGGGAAGAGGCCCAUGGGGUGCAGCCCAGGGAUGCAGGGGCUGGGGCCGGGGCAGGGGGGACUGGGGCAGCCCAUGCCCAGCCUGGCUCCUGGAGGUCCUGGAGGUGUGGGGCCAGGGGGGCCAGGACAAGGACCAGGAGGAUCCAUGGGCCAGGGCUACAGCAGAGCUCAUGGGAUGAUGGGACCCAACAUGCCUCCACCAGGCCCCUCUGGUCCAACAGGCAUGCAGGGACAGAACCCCAACGGACCCCCCAAGUCCUGGUCUGAAGGUCCGAUGGUGAACGCCGCCGCCCCCUCCAACGCCCCCCAGAAGUUGAUCCCUCCCCAGCCGACGGGCCGUCCCUCCCCUGCUCCACCCUCCAUACCCCCCGCAGCCUCCCCGGUCAUGCCCCCCCAGACCCAGUCCCCUGGGCAGCCGGUCCAGCCCCCGCCCAUGGUGCCCCACCAUGCCAAGCAGAACCGCAUCACCCCCAUCCAGAAACCCCACGGACUCGACCCGGUGGAAAUACUGCAGGAGAGGGAGUACAGACUGCAGGCUCGUAUCACCCAUCGUAUAGCUGAGUUGGAGAACCUCCCUGGCUCUCUGGCUGGAGACCUGAGGACCAAGGCCACCAUCGAACUCAAGGCCCUCCAGCUGCUCAACUUCCAGAGACAGCUGCGUCAGGAGGUAGUGGUGUGUAUGCGUAGGGACACGGCUCUGGAGACAGCUCUGGACGCUAAGGCGUACAAGAGGAGCAAGCGCCAGUCCCUACGAGAGGCCCGCAUCACAGAGAAACUGGAGAAACAGCAGAAGAUCGAACAGGAGCGCAAACGUCGACAGAAACACCAGGAGUAUCUGAGCAUUAUCCUGGCCCACGCCAAAGACUUUAAGGAGUACCACCGCUCCAUCACAGCUAAGAUCCAGAAAGCCACCAAGGCCGUGGCCACGUACCACGCCAACACGGAGCGCGAGCAGAAGAAGGAGAACGAACGCAUCGAGAAGGAGAGGAUGAGGAGGCUGAUGGCUGAGGAUGAGGAGGGCUACCGUAAGCUGAUUGACCAGAAGAAGGACAAGCGUCUGGCCUACCUGCUGCAGCAGACGGAUGAGUACGUGGCCAACCUCACUGAGUUGGUCCGGGCUCACAAGCUGGUACAGGCCCUCAAAGAGAAGAAGAAGAAGAAGAAAAAGAAGAAGAAGCUGGAGAACGCUGAGGGCCAGACUCCUGUACUGGGACCUGAUGGAGAGCCUCUAGAUGAGACGUCCCAGAUGAGUGACCUACCAGUGAAGGUGAUCCACGUGGACAGUGGUAACAUCCUGACAGGGGUGGACGCUCCUAAAGCUGGACAGCUGGACACAUGGCUGGAGAUGAACCCUGGGUACGAGGUGGCCCCUCGCUCUGACAGUGAAGACAGUGGAUCGGAAGAGGAGGAGGAGGAAGAGGAGGAGCCCCAGCCGGCGGUGCCUCCAGUAGUGGUCCUCCCAGGGUUAGUGGGGUUAGAGGAGAAGAAGAAGAAGAUCCCAGACCCAGACAUUGAAGAAGUAUCAGAGGUGGACGUACGACACAUCAUAGAGCACGCUAAACAGGAUGUGGAUGAUGAGUAUAACAGUGCAGAGGCAGCGUUCGCUCGGGGACUCCAGUCUUACUACGCUGUGGCCCAUGCUGUCACUGAGAGAGUGGAGAAACAGUCCACUAUACUCAUCAACGGACAACUGAAACAGUACCAGAUUAAAGGUCUGGAGUGGCUGGUGUCUCUCUACAACAACAAUCUGAACGGUAUCCUGGCUGAUGAGAUGGGCCUGGGAAAGACCAUCCAGACCAUCGCUCUCAUCACGUACCUGAUGGAGAACAAGCGAGUCAACGGACCUUUCCUCAUCAUAGUUCCGUUGUCAACUCUCUCUAACUGGGUGUAUGAGUUUGACAAGUGGGCUCCGUCUGUAGUGAAGGUCUCCUACAAGGGUUCCCCUCAGGCCAGAAGGGCCUUCAUUCCCCAGCUACGCAGCGGCAAGUUCAACGUUCUCCUCACUACCUAUGAGUACAUCAUCAAGGAUAAACAGGUCCUAGCCAAGAUCCGGUGGAAGUACAUGAUCGUGGACGAGGGCCACCGGAUGAAAAACCACCACUGUAAGCUAACCCAGGUCCUCAACACCCACUACCUGGCCCCCAGGAGAGUGCUCCUAACUGGGACACCGCUCCAGAACAAGCUGCCUGAGCUCUGGGCCCUGCUCAACUUUCUCCUGCCCACCAUCUUUAAGAGCUGCAGUACCUUCGAACAGUGGUUCAAUGCACCCUUCGCUAUGACUGGAGAGAAGGUGGAUCUAAAUGAAGAGGAGACCAUCCUGAUUAUCCGUCGCCUCCACAAGGUGCUCCGCCCCUUCCUGUUACGCAGGCUCAAGAAGGAAGUAGAGGCUCAGCUACCGGAAAAGGUGGAGUAUGUGAUAAAGUGUGAUAUGUCAGCGCUCCAGAGGGUUCUGUACAGACAUAUGCAGGCCAAAGGAGUCCUACUGACAGACGGCUCUGAGAAGGACAAGAAGGGCAAAGGAGGCACCAAGACUCUCAUGAACACCAUCAUGCAGCUGAGGAAGAUCUGUAACCAUCCCUACAUGUUCCAACAGAUAGAGGAAUCUUUCUCAGAGCAUUUAGGAUUUUCCGGAGGGAUAGUGAGUGGUCUUGAUCUGUACCGAGCCUCAGGGAAGUUUGAGGUGCUGGACCGUAUCCUGCCCAAGCUGAGGGCCACCAACCACAAGGUGUUGUUGUUCUGUCAGAUGACCUCCCUCAUGACCAUCAUGGAGGACUACUUCACCUACCGCAACUUCAAGCACCUGCGUCUGGACGGCACCACCAAAGCAGAGGACAGGGGCAUGCUGUUGAAGGCGUUUAACGACCCGGCCUCCCAGUACUUCAUCUUCCUGCUCAGUACCAGAGCCGGGGGGCUGGGCCUCAACCUGCAGUCAGCUGACACCGUGGUCAUCUUCGACUCUGACUGGAACCCUCACCAGGACCUGCAGGCCCAGGACCGUGCGCACCGCAUUGGCCAACUGAACGAGGUCCGCGUCCUGCGUCUCUGCACCGUCAACUCCGUAGAGGAGAAGAUCCUGGCCGCAGCCAAGUACAAACUCAACGUGGACCAGAAGGUCAUCCAGGCUGGCAUGUUUGACCAGAAGUCAUCAAGCCACGAGCGCCGGGCUUUCCUGCAGGCUAUCCUGGAGCACGAGGAACAGGACGAGGUCGGGGCCCCGGGGGGGGUGUGGAAGUCUGGGGGGCCUUGGGUGGACAGACAAUAUGUAGUGGAGGAGGACGAGGUGCCAGACGAUGAGACGGUCAACCAGAUGAUCGCCAGGAGCGAGGAGGAGUUUGACCACUUCAUGCGUAUGGACCUGGACAGGCGGCGUGAGGACGCUCGUAACCCCCGCCGUAAGCCCCGUCUGAUGGAGGAGGACGAGCUGCCCACCUGGAUCAUGAAGGAUGACGCGGAGGUGGAGAGACUCACCUGUGAGGAGGAGGAGGAGAAGAUGUUCGGGAGGGGGUCCCGCCAGCGCAAGGAGGUGGACUACAGCGACUCACUCACCGAGAAGCAGUGGCUCAAGGCCAUUGAGGAAGGUACAUUAGAGGAGAUCGAGGAGGAGGUGCGUCACAAGAAGACCACCCGGAAGCGAAAGCGUGACCGCGAUGACCUCCCUGGCCCCUCCUCUUCCUCCUCGGGGGGCAGGCGGAGCCGGGACAAGGACGAGGACGGGAAGAGACAGAAGAAAAGGGGACGCCCCCCCGCAGAGAAACUCUCCCCCAACCCCCCCGCUCUCACCAAGAAGAUGAAGAAGAUAGUGGACGCUGUUAUUAAAUACAAGGACAGUAGUAAUGGUCGUCAGCUAAGUGAGGUCUUCAUCCAGCUGCCCUCACGCAAAGAGCUGCCAGAGUACUACGAGCUCAUCCGCAAGCCUGUCGACUUCAGGAAAAUCAAGGAGAGGAUUCGUAGCCACAGAUACCGUAGUCUAGGAGACCUGGAGAGAGAUGUGAUGCUACUCUUUCAGAACGCACAGACCUUCAACCUGGAGGGAUCACUGAUCUACGAGGACUCCAUCGUGCUCCAGUCAGUGUUCACCAGUCUGAGACAGAAGAUCGAGAAGGAGGAGGACAGCGAGGGAGAGGACAGUGAGGAAGAGGAGGAGGACCUGGACGAAGGCUCUGAGUCAGAGUCCCGCUCGGUGAAAGUGAAGAUCCGUCUGGGACGGAGAGAGAAGAGCAGUGACCGGGGGAAGGGUCGGAGACGUAUGGGACGCACCCGAGCCAGACCUGUAGUCAGCGACGACGACACUGAAGAGGAGCAGGAAGAGGUGAGAGGAGAGGAGCGCUCCCCCAGUGGCACUGAUGAAGAAUCCUAAAUGGAAACUAGCUACAUACUCCAUGGUCCAACAUUACUUCCACUAUUACCAGGUUUUGUUCAACUCCAUUUCACCUUGAUUUCAUAUCUACUUGGGAAUGGGGAAUUUUACUGAAUAUUGAUGCCAACUCCCUUCCUGUUAUGUACAUUAACACAGCUUUCAUAACAAUAUGUAGCAACUUCAGUACAUGAAGGACUGCUUAGGUGUAGAAAAUAGACUAAUUCUGCCUCGUACUGGUAGUCGAUCUAAACAUCCUUGUUUGUGUAAUAUGUGUCAAUUACUAAAAGUGUUAUUUAUUAUGUCUGGUACCUCCGGUGUCUUUUGGGGGGUAAAUUGCGGCCAUAUACAGUGCCUUCAGAAAGUAUUCAUACCCCUUGACUUAUUCCACUUUUAGUUGUUACAGCCUGAAUUCA